AUGCGACGACACUGCUGGGUGAUAGUGCUGGCGGGGAUGUUGUCGUACUUCAACCCGGAGAGAGCCCUUGGAGCCCCGCAGAGAGAAGUCUCUCAAUCCAGGGCUGCGUCUCUCUCUUCUCCGCCCUACGUCGUCAUCCUCAUCUCUUGCUCGGGGCUCGUCUCCUUUGUUUUACUGCUCUUCACCUGUCUGUGCUGUAAGAAGGGAGGAGUGGGAUUCAAUGAGUUUGACAAUGCAGAGGGGGAGGAGUGUUCUGGGGGUUCUAGCCCCGCCCAGGAGGACAGUCUGUCCUCUUGCCCCUCCCUCCCGGAGGUCUACACCCUCCCACUCAGGGACAGGGCUAACUGCCUCGCCCUGCAGGAUGGCUCAGCAGAUGUCAACUCUAAGUCGAAGUACUUCCGUAGGCACACUCUCAACUACCUUCAGGAAAUAGGAAAUGGCUGGUUUGGAAAGGUGAUCCUAGCGGAGGUGCUGUGUGACUGCAGCUCCUCCCAGGCCGUGGUGAAGGAGUUGCGGGUCAGUGCCAGCCCUCUGGAGCAGAGGAAGUUCUUGGCUGAGUCUGAGCCAUACAGGAGUCUCCAACAUCCCAACAUCCUUCAGUGUUUUGGCCAAUGCAGCGAGAGCAUUCUCCUGCUGGUCAUGGAGUUCUGUCAGUUGGGUGACCUGAAGAGGUACCUGAGAGCCCAGAGGAAGUCAGAUGGGAUGACCCCUGACCUUCUGACCCGGGAAAUGCUGACCCUGCAGAGGAUGGCGUUUGAAAUCACCUCUGGUCUGCUGCACCUCCACGAGAAUAACUACAUCCACAGUGAUCUAGCUUUGAGGAACUGUCUCCUUACCUCUGACCUCACUGUCAGAAUCGGAGACUAUGGGCUGUCUCACAACCACUACAAGGAUGACUAUUACCUAACAUCAGACAAGCUGUGGAUUCCCCUGAGGUGGAUAGCACCAGAGCUUCUGGAGGAGUACAGAGGAUCUCUGAUCGUCACUGACCAGACCAAGACCAGCAAUCUGUGGUCUCUUGGGGUGGUGAUCUGGGAGCUGUUUGAGUUUGGUUCUCAGCCUCACAGGCACCUGAGUGAUGAGGAAGUGUUGACCUUCGUCAUCAGAGAGAGACAGAUCACCCUGGCCCAGCCACGGCUCAAACUCUCCCACGCUGACUACUGGUAUGAGAUCAUGCAGUCCUGCUGGCUCCCUCCUUCCCAACGCCCCUCCAUUGCUGAGGUAUUCCUCCUCCUCUCCUCCCUUCUGGCUGCUGAGCGAGGGAUGUCCCAGAGGAGUGUGGGAGAGGACGAGGAGGAUGAGGACGGGGAGUAUGAGGAAGGGAGAGGCAGAAGAGGAGAGAGCGAUGAGUCAUUUGAAAGACGGUGGGAUUCUCUCCGUCCUCCGGCCUUCCAGGCUGCAGCGAGUGAACGACAGAGAGAGAGGGAGUAUGGGAGGAUGACAGGGGGAACUCCUACCCUCUACUGGACCCCGUGGGGAACUGCAUCACCCCAUCCUCCACAGAACUCGAUGACAUCCUGACAGUCACGGAGACCA